AUGGCUGCCGACCCGACGCCAUCAGCAGGGGAUGAAAACGGCCAUUCAAAGGGGAGGGAUUACGCCGAGGAAACGCUCGCUCGAAUACGUUACCGGGACGAAAUUUGUUGGUUCAACGCACCGGUUCCCGAUGACACGAUGCGCCAGCAAUCAGCUUGGAUACUGUUACCUAAUGCCUGCUUGUUCCGAACCAUAUCAUUUCGAACCGUGCAAACUGCAACCCUACCCGCAGGCUGGCCAGCCGAUCUUCAGCACCUGGGCGCAAAGGCCGCGCGGCGAACAUGGGGAACUCGAUCAUCGCUGCGACAUCUGUUUCUCAUGCAGAAGCAGAAUCCGGGAAUUAGAAGAUUUUGA